AUGGGAGAACAUUCAUUUUCGCUCCAAUUCAAUCCUUUGCAAAGGAUCAGGACUGUUAAGGAUUAUGAGAGAGAAAUCGAGGAGCUGAGGAAUGAGAACUUUGAGAUUAAGCACCAGCUUUCUCACUAUAAGGCAAGCUCUACGGGGAACAUCCAGGAGGAUAUCCAGAAGCUUCUUCUUGACAGCAAGAGGUCGAUAGACAUUCUUGAGGGGGAGAAUGAGGAGCUUAGCCGGCGGAUUGAAGGGAUGGAGGAGAUGGCUACCCGGCUAAGGAAAGAAAAGGAGGACGCCGAAGCCAAGCUUGGAAGCAGCUUGCAGGAGUACCUCAACAAAAUUUCCAUGCUCGAAGAGGAGAACGGCAGGCUUCUCAAGCACCUGGAGAAUGUCAAUGGGGUCAAUGCCAAGCUUCGGGAAGAAAACGGAAUGCUGAGCGAGUGUUUCAACAGAAGUAAGAAUGCUAUUGACGAGCAGAAGAGCCUCAUCGAGAAGAUGGGGCAUGAGAAGGAAGAGAAGGCCCAGAUUGAGAAGGAGCUUCUGUCAUACAAGAAUGCCCUUUUGAACAGCAACAAGGAAAAGGACCAGAUCGCAUAUGAGCGGGAGAGAGAAAGAAACGAGUACAGCAGCAAGAUUUCCCAUCUUCAAGGGAUUGUGAGGAACCUUGAGGAAAAGGUGAGUCUCAAGGAGGCCGAGAUGAAUCGGAUGAGAGAGCACCACAAGGGCAUGGAGAAGGAGUACGAGGAGAUGUACAGGCAGAAGCAGUCGAAUGAGCUGUAUCUGAAGGAAGUGAGCGAGAACUAUAUGCGGGAGACAAGGGAAAAGCAGGAGCUGGCGCUGGGGAAUGAGGAGUUAAGAAGAGAAGUUGAGCAGCUGAAGGCAUCGAGGAGUGAGCUAAAGAGAAGGCUCGAGGUGUGUGAGAAUGAGAAGAGGGCGCUGUCGUACAAGAUGUCUCUGGACGGAGGAAGUUCUGAGGCUCACAAGAUGAGAGCUGAGAUAGAAAGAAUGAGAAGAGAAAGAAGCGAGCUGGUGGAGGAGAUGGAAAGGCAGAAGAAGAAGUGUGUGGACCACAUGUCUGAUCUAGAGAGAUCGAAGGAUCUCGAGAUGUUUCUGAAGGAUGUUCUCCAAGAGAAAGGUAGAGAGUGCGAUAGAAGACUCGGAGAGGUUGAAAAGAUGGCGUAUGGCAUAGAUGCCAAGAUAGACCUUGCAAGGAAGAUGCUGGGAGAAAGAGGAGUGAAGGAGAAGAUGGACCAGGAGGUGGAUGCCCUGCGCCAGGAGGUCAAGGAUCUCCGAAGCAAAGAAGAGGAGUACAAGAAAAUGGUUGGGAUUGCAGAGGACAACAAAAGAUUCCUGAAAACUCUUGGAGUGGAUCCGUCGGGACCAUUGGACGAGAUUGUAAGGAGGCUCAAAGGUUCGUACAAAGACCUUUCCAGGAGGUUGAGAGUGGUGGAUAAGGAGGCCAAUGAGGCCAUGAGCUUUGCAGAGAACAACAAGGACGCCAUGCACAGAAGAACGAUGGAGUUCCUUGAGGACUUUAACAAGGAGUUCAGCAUUGCUAGAAAAGACCUGGAAGCCUGUAAAAGAUAUCUCGAGAAGAAGGGAAGGGAGAACAAAGAGCUAAAGGCAAGCAACCAGGCUCUGGAAAGGAGAUUCAACGAAUGCAGGAGAAACGAAGAAAGGAUAAGGGACCUCUACUCGGCAAUGGCAGACAGACUCAGGAAGAAGGACGAGAUGAUAUCCAGGCUGGAGAUGAGGAUGGGAACUAAACUCUAA